AUAUCGAUCGCAUCGCUUGCUCCUGCCAACAGCAAGAAGACCAGGACGACGGCGAUCAACUCGUUCACGACGUUCCUGGCCGCGGAGAGCAUGACACUCGAAGCCACCCACCAGCUCAUCGACGGGGAUAAGACAGGUAAGGUAUUGCGUAUUAAACUAGACAAGUAUGCAUAUUCGUUAGCCACAUCAGCCGAAAAGGUAAGAGCGACCAAUACGUGUCUAGCAUACUAUGGCAACGUCAAGAAAUGGCUAGUAGAUAAGUACCCACUGCAAGGAGCUUAA